UGCCGCAUGAGAGCAUGGCCUGAAUACGGCACGGUGAGUAAGUUCACUUCGAGCUGGCUGAUGUGACUGGAUAUGCGUGUUAUAAGACACGUUCCCACGUGUCACUGUUUCAUCCACGCACCUUCUUGAUCUUCCAUGUGCCACUCCUCCAGCUUCGGACGCUGAAAUCCCUCCCAACAGAUCUCAAUCCCUCACGAUGAAGCUGUCAGCAUCUCUCGUCAGUCUGGCGGCGCUCUCAGGUGCUGCCGCCCAGUAUGUUGAGACCCUAGAGUUUGCCGGGCUCAUUGGGUCACACUUUGGUGUGCCUGGCAUCCCUGGAGCAUACGACUAUGUGAUAUUGGGAGGAGGCACCGCGGGACUGACCAUGGCCAAGAGGCUGGCCGAAGACAAGAGAUAUACUGUGGCCGUCGUCGAGGCUGGCGACUUUGCCGAGUUUGCCAACGGCAACAACAGCCAAAUUCCGGCUCUUGCGGCUUCCUUCAUCGGCUCCGACCCCAAGACCAAGAACCCUUACCUUGAUUGGUACCAAUGGACGACCAAACAAGUUGGCCUCGGCGGACGCAGCGUCGUCUACAUGUCUGGCAAAGUCCUUGGAGGUGGCUCCGUGCGCAACUUUAUGUGGUACCACCGUGCCUCCAAGGCUGCGCUGGACAAAUGGGCCGAGCUCACUGGUGAUGAGUCUUACUCUUUCGAGAACAUGCUGCCGUAUUACAAGAAGAGCGCCGAGUUCACACCACCGCACGAGGAGUACCGUCUUGACAAUGCCACUACGCUGUACGACGAAGAUUACUGGAGUUCCGACGGUGGCCCUCUCCAGGUCGGCUAUCCUAACUGGGCCAACCCAAUCUCGUCCUGGAUUGCCCGCGGACUGGAGUAUCUUGGACUGGAGAAUCUGCCUGGUUUCGCUGACGGAAAUCUGGACGGCUACGCUUAUACCGCAUUCUCACUGGACUCGGAGACGCAGACGAGGAGCUCGUCUUCAUCGUCUUUCCUCCGCGCUGGACUCCGCGACGACACCAACCUCAACGUCUACAAGAACACCAUGGCCAAAAAGAUCCUCUUUGACGACGACAAGAAUGCCAUUGGUGCCGUCGUCGAGUCCGGCGGCGUCGAGUACCAGCUCAGCGCCAGCCGCGAAGUCAUCGUCUCUGCUGGAGCCUUCCGCUCGCCUCAGCUGCUCAUGGUGUCCGGCAUCGGCCCCGAGAAGACGCUCAAGAAGGUCGGCAUCAAGGUCAUUUCCAAUCUCAAGGGUGUCGGCCAAAACAUGUGGGAUCACAUCGCCUUCAGCCCCUCGUACGUAGUCAACCUACUCACCCACAGCGCCAUGUCACGACCCGACUUUGCCGUGGAGCAGUUGACAAACUACCAGACGCAGCGGACCGGCCAGCUCACCAACUGCGGCGGCGACGUCCUGGGCUUCGCGCGUUUCCCCAAGGGUGCCAUCUCCACGAAGCUGCGCAAGGAGCUGGACAAGUUCUCCGCCGACUGGCCCGACUACGAGCAUCUCUUCCUCGACGGCUACUUUGGCUACGCAAACGACAUCACCGACGGGCCUACCGACGGCCGCCAGUAUGUGUCCAGCAGCACAGCCCUCACCAACCCCUUCUCGCGCGGCACCGUCACCAUCUCCAGCAACGACACCAACGACUACCCCAUCGUCGAUCCCAACUGGCUGGGCGACCCUCGUGAUCAGGAGAUUGCCGUCGCGGCCUUUCAGCGCGCGCGCGCCGUCUUUGGCGACAACGAGGGCACCCGUGACAUUGUCAUUGGCGAGGAGGUCUUCCCCGGCCUGAACGUGUCUUCCUACGACGAGGUCCUCGAGCACAUCCAGAAGAGUGCCCAGGCGAGCUUCCACGCCUCGUGCACGUGCGCCAUGGGCAGGAAGAAGGACCCAAUGGCCGUGCUGGACUCCCAGGCUCGCGUAUACGGUGUCAACGGCCUGCGCGUGGUGGACGCUUCGGCCUUUCCCGUGCUUAGCCCCGGCCACCCCACUGCAACAGUCUAUGCACUGGCCGAAAAGAUCGCCGAUGCGAUCCUGCGAGGUUCGUCUCCCAACAAGCCCAAGAGGGCGCCACUAAUGGGUGUCAGGGGCAUGCGGCUCUAGAACCCGACGCAGGUAAUGGACCAUGGCAGACUUGCU